AGCGUGACAUGCAUUGCAGUCUCAUAGCACAUGAAACCAACUGUAAAAUGAGGCUCCAAACUGGUUGCGUGUCAGCCCAAAAUUCUGACGUGCAUGCGUGUCAAUCCUGUCAGGCCAACACUCAGUGAAAUGUUGUACUCAUUGGACCGUGGCGACCUGCUGAACCUGUAACAGAGCUCAUAGAGCCAAAAAGUAGAGCGACACACACACACGCACACCCAAGCACAAAUAGCUUUCGUUGCCAUACCUGACAUGUCCUAAAUCUAGUUAAAUGCUAGUUUACGACAGGACACCUUUUGAAAGACUGUUCGCAAAUGUCUGCUUUUCAAUCGAUGGACAUACGCUAUUUUUUUUAAAAGAAGUCAGCCAGGUGCAGGUGAGAGACUGUUAAAAAAAAAAAAAAAAAAAAAAAAAAAGAUAUAUAUAUACACAUUAUUGCAUGAUAAUGACUUUGUCUUCGUUUCUUUUUUGUGUAGUUGUUACACUGUACUGUAUAUACUACAUUUCCAACAGUGUCGUCUAUUACUCCAAUCAAAAAAUGACCUUAUAAACAACUUAUUUCUUAUUUCAUAGAGCUAGAGACAAGCAAAACUGUUUUUAAUAUUCCUUUCCUGUGAUGAAAUACUCAUUGUAUUCAUACUGUAACAAAAGGUCUGUGCUUUUCUGACAACAAACCAGACUUUUAUAAACUAUUGAAUAAACAGAUAUAACAAUAAUUAUUAUUAUUAUAAUAAUAAUAAGCAAAGCAAAUUUAUUUGUAUAGCUCAUUUUAUACACAACGUAACUCAAUGUUCUUUGCAUGAUUAAAAGCAUUUAAAGACAAAGACAAACAAAAAUACAAUUUAAACAGCGUACAGUGCCAGAAAUAUCAUUUAAAAGUGGAAAGGCUCUAAAAAGCAUGGGAAAAAAGAAGAGUUUUUAACCUGGACUUAAAAACAUGCACACUUGGGGCUGAGGUCACUUCUGUUGGCAACUUAUUCCAUUUGUGUGCAGGAUAAUAGCUAAAUGCUGCUUCACCAUGUUUGCUUUGGACUCUGUGCUCCACUAUUUGACCUGAGACUGUCGAUCUCAGAGCCCUACUGGGUUUAUAUCCCAUUAGCAUUUCUUUCAUGUAUUCAGGACCUAAACCAUCCAUCCAUCCAUUUUCUGAGCCGCUUCUCCUCACAAGGGUCGCGGGAGCGCUGGAGCCUAUCCCAGCUAUCAUCGGGCAGGAGGCGGGGUACACCUUGAACUGGUUGCCAGCCAAUCGCAGGGCACAUACAAACAAACAACCAGCCGCACUCACAUUCACACCUACGGGCAAUUUAGAGUCUUCAAUUAACCUACCAUGCAUGUUUUUGGUAUGUGGGAAGAACAUGCACGGGAAGAACAUCCAAACUCCACACAGGCGGGGCCGGGGAUUGAACCCCAGACCUCAGAACUGUGAGGUAGACGCUCUAACCAGUCGUCCAGCGUGCUGCCAGGACCUAAACCGUUUAGUGAUUUAUAGACCAGUAGCAGAACUUUAAAAUCUAUUCUAAAGCUGAAUAAUAAUAAUAAUAAUAAUAAUAAUAAUAAUAAUAUCAAUUAAUUAUUAUUGUUAUUGUUAUCUAUUAGUGGAGAGGGUUUUGGGUCGUCCACCAAAUGGUCUUUUUCAAGGUCUAAAAAGUUCGAUGAAAUUUCAGAAGGGUACUUUCUAAAAUUAGGUCAUGGGCUCAGCCCACCCAAUGUACCCGACCUAGACUCGCCUCUGCUCCAGCACCAUAUUAAAAAACAUUUUUUUUUAGUCUAAGCCUUAAAAUACUCCUUACACGCGCACACACACACACACACACAGUUUAAACACACUGAAACAUAUUUAAACACUUUGUGAACACAUGUAGUUCAAAACAAACAAAAACAUUUCCAGAAAAAAAAAAUCCACUCUAUAGCUGGGAUUACUGUACACAUUUGCGCGUAGACACAUAUGUCCAUAAUACACACGUGCGCGCGCGCACACACACGCACAGAUGAAGUCACAUAUACAUGCAGACUGAAUAUAUACACGCAUGCAGAUAAACCUGCACGUUCACACAUUGGCAAUCGAACACGAACGCAGGGUUUUGCACGUGUGUGUUUAUCAACACAACACACACGCACAGACAGACACAUGCACACACACACACACACACACGCUCAUGCACGCCUCGCAUACUGACGAGCGGACGCACGCGCGCGCACUCGCCCAGCACCAGACGAGCGAGAAGGAGGAGGCAGCAAAGUGCGCUGAAGGUGACCAAAGUUGCUCCUGAAAGCAUCAGGCUUCGGUUGCGGUCCAGAAGUGUUGCGCGUCGAGGAGCUGCAGAAGUGGGUGUAGAAAUCGGACUUUUUAGGCGCAUACACGCCGCUCUUCUGCGCUAGAGGCUCGAGGGAGGUACACUGCGCCCUUUGACGAUCAGAAGAGGAAGAGAAGGAGGAGGUGGAGGAAGAGGAGGCUGCACUGUGGCGUGCGCGAUGACGAGACGCUGUUUUGGGCUUGCGGGGCAGCCAAGUGGACCACGGCUGUGAAAACGCUUCCUCCGAGGCAACAUAAUGACCUGCUGAAUCAAGCAUCAAUCAAGUGCACCCUCAGCCCACCCGGAAAAACAAUUCUAUACACCUGUGGUACCCUGGACUGGCUGUCACAGCCCUGAAUAGAGUGGACAACUUUUAACAGCAAGGCAGCAACUGAAAGGAAAGGAGUUCAAAACAAGUAUUUGUGCAAGGCAUCACAUCAAAAAAUAACCUGUACAUGACUGAACUAGUAGAUUUUUAGGACAAUUAUCUUUGUGUAGCUCAUUAAUAAAACCAGAGGACAACUUGAAGAUUGACUGCUAAUGUGAGCAUCCUGGAUUGCCUUUCACUCCCAUAAAGGAUCCUUGAGCCCAAUACCACCGGUCUUGGGACUGUCUGGCCAAAGUGUCGCCUUUUAGUGUUGGAGGAGAGUUUUCUGAAUUAGGCCUCUGGAAGCUUGGUGAAAAUGACUUGAGUUGGCAGGCCUAACAACCCCCUUACCCACAGCUAGAGCGAGAGAGCCUGGCAGUAAGAAAACACUGCUCCCAAUGUGGUGGCCCUGAGCCAUGCUGGUGUUGCUACUGGAGCCCUGUAGUAAAAAAUUAUUAUCCCUAUCAUCAUUCGUCCAAGCCGAGAAAGAUCCCACGGCCCCGAGAAACUAGACUAUAUAUCUGAACGGCCCGAGGAAGAAGGUGCAUCAAACUCCACUGGGACAUCCGCAGUCGCUCAAACAAGACGACCCAAAACUGCUCUCAACCAAUUUCUCACCAAGAAACUCACACGUGCAGCAGAAGUGAAAGGCAAAGACUGAGCAGGAGCUGGACAUCAACAUGGCUACUGAAAGUCUUGCCGAGCUUCGCGAUUGGCUCUUCCUGCUCCUGCUAUGCCUCACCUUCUUGGCUGAGGUGCUGGAACUGGCAGCAGCCGCAAUUGCCUUGGAGACGGGUGAAGGAGAUGGAGGAAUUGUUUGUCCCUCGGUCUGCCGCUGCGAUGAGGGUUUUGUCUACUGCAAUGACCGCGGACUCGGUCUAAUUCCUCCUCUACCAUUGACGGCCGCCAUCCUCUACCUGCAAAGCAACCGACUGAGUAAUGCCGGCCUGCCUCCAUCAUUGGAGCGCAGCACUUCCAUUCGAGUGAUUUACCUGUAUGCCAACCAGUUGGAUGAGUUCCCUGUACACCUUCCACCUUCAUUACGAGAGCUCCAUUUGCAGGAUAAUAACAUACGAACGUUACCACGAUCAUCUCUGGCAAAGUUACCCCUACUGGAGCGUUUACACUUGGAUGAUAAUUCAAUAUCUACAGUUAGCAUCCAGGAGCGUGCUUUUUCUGGGACUCCACGGCUCAGAUUGCUGUUUCUCUCUCGGAACCAUUUGUCCAGCAUCCCUGCAGGCUUGCCUGCAUCCUUGGAGGAGCUGCGAUUAGACGACAAUAGAAUCAACACCAUCCCCACCCAUGCCUUCCGAGGGCUCUCCUCCUUACGACGCUUGGUCCUGGAUGGGAAUCUGCUGGCAAACACACGGAUUGCAGAUGACACCUUUUCCCGCCUCUCCAAUCUGACAGAGUUGUCACUAGUCCGAAAUGCCUUGCAGUCUCCACCAGUCAACCUACCUUCAACUCAUCUUGUUCGCCUCCAUUUACAGGAUAACGGAAUGACUCACAUACCACGAGCUGCUCUGGACGGAAUGCGGCGGCUCCAGAAGCUAGACCUAUCGGGAAACAAUUUGACCAGUCUGCCUCGAGGGCUUCUUAAGGAUGCAGAUAGUCUAGAGUUGCUGCUGCUACGAGGAAACCCCUGGUACUGUAGUUGCAGCCUUCGCUGGCUCCAUGCAUGGCUUCAUAGCUGGGGGGCUGCUGUUACAGUCAGGGGUUUGACCUGUCAGGGACCGGAGGCGGUGAAGGGCCAGUCCCUUAAAGACCUUACCUAUCUGAUGGAACAGUGUGAAGGACCACCAGCUGGUCCGGCCACUGUAGUUGUGGGGAAUCCAUCAGAAAAAAAUGGAGAAGGUCAUGAUCGUGUUGGAGGGGAUGGACAAGCUGUGGUCUCAGUUCCCCAUGGCAGCACCACCACUAACUCUUUGCUGGUCCCCACACAAGGUUCCCUCUUUACACUGCGAGCUAAGCGGCCAGGUCUAGUUUUGCCUAUGCCUGCAGGGGGAGCAGGACAUGUAUCCAGAGAGUCCCUGGAGCUGAGUGUAAAAGCUCUCUCUUCGGACAGUGUUCUGGUCAGCUGGUUGUGUCCACAGCCGGCACCCUCUUUCCGCCUAUCAUGGAUGAGGUUAGGUACCAGUGCGGCACUCGGUUCCAUCACAGAGACUCUUGUUCCUGGAGAGAGAAGGCAGUACCAUCUUACCCAACUCACACCGCGCUCGCAUUACCUCAUUUGCCUGCUGCCAUUAGAACAGGAGACCUUUCUCGGCUCCAGCAUGGGGACAGGUCACACUGGCAGCAUUGAAACGAACAAUAAAGAUUCUGCUCCAGCCUGUGCUCAGAUAGAAACUGGAGAGGCUGAAGUGAACUCCAGGGGAGAGGGGUCAGAAAAGGACACACAAGACUCUGAGCUAUCAGCCUUGCCAUUGGCAGGGAUCAUUGGGGGUGCCACAGCAUUAGUAAGCCUACUGCUCAUCUUUGGGAUUUUUUGCUGGUAUGGACAAAGAACAAGUUACAAGUCAGGGGACUCAAAUUCAUGCAACAGAGGACGAGGAGGAAAAAAUUAUGAUGACUAUGUAGAGUCGGGUACAAAGAAAGACAAUUCCAUCUUGGAGAUCAGAGCCCCUCCUGCAGGGUUUCAGAUGACAGCCAUGGCUCACCAGCCCCUGCAGCCCAAACUGGAGGAUGUCACCUACAUCCACACCAUUUUCCCCUCUUCUUCUUCUUCUUCUUCUUCCCAUGCAAAUGGGACAUACCGGAGCUGCCAAAGAGUCGGCAGCCUCAAUGGCACCAUCCUUAGCCAAACCAGCCACCAUCAUGUCACUUACGGUACCAACCGUGGCUACAGAGAGGGGGGCAUCCCCGAUAUAGAUUAUGCCUACACGUGAUGACACAGGGCCGCACUCCCUGAGCCUUGAAUGCCUGGCACUAUUUCUAUGAUGACGACCCUUGGCCAAUGGCCAUUUAGUCCUUGGUUUCCAAAGUACCCUUUGUGCCUCAGCUGGUUCAAGUCUGAUAUGUUUGCUAAGUAGAAGUGACUGUUUUCAGCCAUGUUGAUUGGAUAUUGCUAUUUUGUGAUGGAAGUAAUCGUCCUGCUAUACUGUACUCUACUACUGUAAUACACAUUACAGUGGGCCCUUCUUUCAGUGCUAUUUAUAUAUGGUUACAUUUUUCUCUUUUGGCUAGCUCUGUGUCUUUCAAAAAUGCUGUUCUUCAUACACAGUAACUUAUUUGAGGUUGAUAUAUUAGGCUUAGCUGAUGUAAAAGGAUAUAUUUAUAAUAAGCAGGAACGGCAAUUAAUGUGUAUAUAGAUAGUUCCCAUAUCUUCUGACCAACUGUAUGCUCUUUGCUGUGUAGAUGACUGGAUGACAGAGGGAGAAAUUGCUGGGUGUUAUAAUCCACAAAUGACAAUGAAUCAUGGUUGAAAUGAAAAUACUUGUUCUAAGCGCCCCCCUCUUUUCCUCUGGAUUACUUCACCCAAUUUAAUUGUUCCUCCUUCCUGCCUCUUUGUUUUUAGCCGAGGCCUUUUCCUUUCAUUUCUCUCGUCUUUUGUGGUGCCGUGAGUAGAGGACGACUUUGUUCUCGCCAAGGGAGCUGACAGCAGUGAUAACAGUUCUGACAAAGACAUGAGACACGAACCACCACAUGGGGAGACUAAUGAGUGGGGGAGAGAGAGCAGGAGGAAAGAGAGUCAGUAUGAUGGAUAGAUAGAUGUUUGAAUGGAGAGAGCAAACAUGAAGUAGAAGAGACAGUGAAAGCUGCUGUUUUGGGAAUGGGAUUGAAAGAAUUGUGCUGGUUUAUCGCAGCGCAGGAGCAGAAGGGGAGCAUAAGAGGAAAAAGGCUUUGUAACACCGUAAGUGUAGUCCGAACACAGCUAGACAUCUGGAGGAAGGCGACGUACAUCAGUAGCCCAUCCCAUCAAUGUGACCACUGCACUCCACAAAGUCAAGUUCCACAAAUUGCUAUGAAGACUGUGGGUUCUGUUACCAGUGAAAUUCUUAAUCAUCCUCACUAAUUAUAUGAAAGAAACCAACUCAUGCAUCUUGGACUCCUAAUUUAGUAACCCCAUUCAUCCUCGAGAGACUGGUUGAAUGAAAUAACGGAAGCGAAGUUUUAAAAACUCAUCAUUUUCUAGUGGAAAUUGGAACUCCAGUGUUCUAAUUACGCUGCAAAUAUAGACUCAUUAACAAUAUUAAACCAAAGUUUAAAAAAAAGUAUGAAUUAACUAUUUUUGCAAAAGAGUAUGUGAUGGGGAAACACAUAUUCCAUUACAUUGUAAUUUUACUGUAAUAAACCAAUGUCAAAUUAACUCCACCUUUUUAAAUUUAUUUAUAAAUAUAGAUUUAUGGAUCAGAUUAAGUGUUAUAUGGCUAUAGUUAAAGUACACAAAAAUCCAAUUUUGCUCCGUUAAAGUCCACCUGAUAAUUUUCUUAGCAUUCAUAAUUGUACAAAGUAGUAUGAGGGCCACACUGAAAAGAAAAUAUUAUAAAAUUGAAAUUAAAAAUGCAUACAUUUAUCAGAAGAAAGUCACCAAGUCACAGUAAGAAGUUACAAUAUUGCAAGAAAAAAAGUAGUAUUACAAGAAUAAAGUUGAAUAUUUUGGGAGGAGGGGUAGCUAUAUUAUAUGAAUUUGGAAUUAAAGUCAACACACAAAUGUAAACCAAACAGUUUGUGGUCAGCAGCCGCAUUCUCUCAAGAGAGCUGCCUUAUAAUAAUGAGGUAAUAUAAUAAAUAUUGUUAUAUCUGUUAAAAUCCCUUCCAGUUAGAAGUUAUUUCUUUAAUGAUGAAUUAUUUUCUGUGUGGUCCUAGAACUCCUUUGUUCAAUGGUAAAUUUGAAAAGGUUCAACAAAUGCAUAUAUUCUGUUGCAUGUGUCCACACAAUCAAUGAAAGGCAUUACAACACUUGUUUGGAAUAAAAUAUAGAAUAAAUAAAGCUGAAACAAUUGGUGAUUCUUGUUGAAUCAGCAGAUAUUUCAGUUGCCACCUUGUGUGAGAUGGACUAGUUGGAACGAUGCAGUUGACCCAGCGCCUGUCGUCCAGUUUCAGUAGCCCUCACGCACUAAAGACACACAAGGGGAUGUUUUGUGAACAGGGACAACAGCCUGACCGCCACACUGUGCCCUUCAACAUACACAGCAACACAGCAGGGAGGGCGGCAGCUGCUUUCCAAAAGACCCCCCGGUAACUUCUCGGGGAGGAGGAACAGCCGAGCAGCGAUAAUGGCAGAGCAACUGUGUUGUUUUAAUUUUAUUCUUUAAUGUCUGCAUUUGCUUUGAGGUUUCUGUUUUAUAGCACUGAGGCUACCUUUCACUCUGUAGAAAUCCUUAUUCCUUGAAAAAAUAAAUGUCACCCUCAGAUGUCAAGAUGAGAACGCUGUUAUGUUUAAAAAGUUAUUGGUCUGUUGUCUUUUUUUCUACAUGAAUGAAUAAAGACUGACUAAAGGGA